UAUCGUUUCCUAUUCAGUAUCGAUUCACUGGUGAUUGAGUGCUCACACCAGAGCACGUUGCCACUGACCUCUCGCCCCGAGAAUAAACAGUUUGGGCAGCAGAACGUACGGUCUUAUUGUGGCUGCUUAGACAUUUUUGGGGAGAUAAAAAUUGGAGAAUAGGAAGUGGGCGCUUGUGUUGACGGAAGUUGGCAAGGCGUAUCAUGCGUGUAAAGAAUUCACCCAAGCGAACAGUGAGAAUGAAGAAUGCUAAACAAAUCGCCGAUGACGUCAUGAGGGAUUCUGGGAAAGACAGGUCAUCGUCGCGAGAGAAUUUGUCAAAACCUUGUGAAGAAACGUCUUCGCAACUGAAUCAGAAAGAAUGUAUCGGAAUUUGGGAUGUCCUUGAUUUGACGAUAACAGGACCAUCGCCACAUUGUGACGAGUGUUGGGAAGACACCGAGGUGUGUUUACCAUUGGAUUACUCCGCCGCUACAUUAUCACUGAGCGAGCCCAUUGAUCUAUCGACAAAGACUCGCGCCCCGAGUCCACCCAAUUAUCCCCCACCAGCACCAUCAAAAGAAACCAAAGAAUUCAAGGACACAUUUCUGUACAAAAUGCUCACGGAUCCACUGUUCGUGGAAAAUUUGAAAGGUACCAAAAAUGCUGUCACCUACUCCUGUCCAUUCUGCAAGAAGCAAUUUCCCGAUGAGAGCAGUCUCGUGUUGCACCAAAAGCCAGUAGUUAACGAAGUGAAUAAGAUUGCUUGCUGUGCGUGCAGCAAGACAUUUACGCAAAAACGUUACUUGCGUUAUCACCAGAGAUCACACUCAGAGAGGACCAAGUAUACCUGUGACAUUUGCACCAAAAAAUACUCGAGACAGGACAACUUGACUCGUCACAACACCUUCCAUACGAAUCCUGACAAAUUUCCAUGCAUUUACUGCGAGCGUACGUUCAGUAGAAAGGAUUUGCUGAACAAACAUAUCAAGGGGCAUGAGAAUCGCUUCAAUUAUCAUUGCGAGAUUUGUGAUAAGUACUUUAAGGGGUCGUUGUCACUUGACAAUCAUCAAAAACAUUAUCAUAAGAAAGUUGGGUCGAUUGAAAAUGAGUCAAUGGGAUAAAAUAUUUUUGAUAAAUAUUGAAAGUACUGAAAAAAGAUGAAAAAUAUUAGGAGUAGAUUUUUCAUAUCUUGUUGAUCGAGAAGCUAUUUGAAUAGGAUUCUAGAGAAAACUUAUUGUUUAUUAAUGAUCUUUUGUCAAGUAGGAAAGAUAAACCAAAAAUUGAAGGUGUGUUCUCUCUCGUUACAGUUCAGUUAUUGUUAACGACAAAAUACAUGAUCAAAAUUCAGCCAAAUGUUACGAAAAAGUGUUAGAAAAUGAUGAUGAGCAAUAUAAUUCAAUAGUUAAACACCUUAUAUGUUCAUCGAAAAAACGUGAAAAAUUCAUUCGCCGUAAAAUGCAAAACUAGAGCAACUGA